AUGGCUGAUCAAUUCUUGGGCUUCGACCUGAGCACUCAGCAACUGAAAGGUAUCAUUGUCGGUUCCGACCUUAAGCUUAUCCACGAAGCCAAAGUCGACUUCGAUGCCGAUCUCUCCAAGUAUGGAAUUGAGAAGGGUGUCCUCACAAACCCCGACGAGGGCGAAGUCUUCGCGCCUGUCGCCCUGUGGCUUGAAGCCAUCGACCUUGUCCUGCAGCGAUUGAAGGAGCAAGGUGCCGAUUUCUCCAAGGUCCAGGGUAUUUCGGGUGCAGGCAUGCAGCACGGCACUGUCUUCUGGAGCAAAGAUGCAGAGACACUACUCGGCAGUCUGGAUGCUGGCAAGACGUUGCUCGAGCAGCUUGAAGGUGGUUCCAAGGGCGAGAGGAAGGGUGCUUUCAGCCAUCCUUUCAGUCCGAAUUGGCAGGACGCAAGUACACAGAAGCAGUGUGAUGCUUUUGAUGCAACACUACAAGAACCCAGGAAUCUGGCGCUGGCUACUGGAAGCAGUGCUCACCACCGCUUCAGUGGCCCCCAGAUCCUUCGGUUCCACGACAAGUAUCCCGAAGCCUACAAGGCGACCGCCCGCAUCUCCCUCGUAUCCUCCUUUCUCGCUUCCAUCUUCCUCGGCAAAGUAGCCCCCAUCGAUAUCGCAGACGUAACUGGAGCAAACCUGUGGGACAUUAAGAACGGUCGCUGGCAUGAGGAUCUUCUAGCACUUGCAGCUGGAGGAAGCGGAGGCAUCGAAGAUCUUAGGAAGAAGCUAGGCAAUGUUCCUGAAGACGGUGGUUCAAGCUUCGGUACCGUCUCGCCAUAUUUCAGCAAGCGCUACGGCUUCCCAUCGUCAGCUCAGGUCAUUGCCUUUACUGGCGACAACCCAUCGACAAUCCUCGCCCUUCCUCUCCGCGCGUCAGAUGCCAUCGUCUCUCUAGGAACCUCGACCACAUUCCUUAUGUCCACACCCCAGUACAGGCCCGAUCCAGCAUACCACUUCAUGAACCACCCCACCACAGCAGGCCUCUACAUGUUCAUGCUCUGUUACAAGAACGGUGGCCUAGCACGCGAGCACAUCCGCGACGCAAUCAACAAAGCUUCGGGCUCACCUGACAAGUCCUGGGACAAGUUCAAUGAAACAGCUCUCACAACGCCCGCGCUCGGCCAGGCCCAGCCCUCCGAUCCCAUGCGUCUAGGCCUCUUCUUCCCCCGCCCAGAAAUUGUGCCAAACGUCAAAGCAGGAACAUGGCGUUUCCUCUCCAAAGACAACCAACUCUCGCCUAUAGCACCGGAAGCUGCUCAGGGCAAGACGGAGGACAAGUCCUGGCCUAUUCCUGAAGCCGACGCCCGCGCGAUUCUCGAAUCUCAGUUCCUUUCUCUAAGACUCCGAUCGCAAUCUCUCGUCGAACCCCAGGGCUCUCUCCCCGCACAGCCCCGCAGAAUCUACAUGGUUGGCGGUGGUGCUGUGAAUCCCGCUAUCGCUGAACUCGCCGGCCAAGUUCUCGGCGGCUCAGACGGCGUGUAUAAGCUUGAAAUCGGAGGAAACGCCUGCGCUCUCGGUGCCGCGUACAAAGCGGCUUGGGGUGUGCAACGUUCUUCUCCCCAAGAGAAGUUUGAAGAUUUCCUCGAGGCGCGUUGGAAUGAAGAGGGCUUUGUUAAGAAGAUUUGUGAGGGAUAUAGAAAGGGCGUUUUCGAACAGUAUGGUGAUGCGCUCAAGGCAUUUGAUGAGGUGGAAAAGGUGGCACUUAGGGAGAACGGAGAGGCGGAGAAGGCGGAUGCUGUUAAAGAGGCUAUUGGGCUACAGGGCCUGGAUGACCAGAGGUAA